AGAAUUUUCUUUGCUAACACUAUUGCAAAAAGUGUCAAAACAAAUACUCUACUUAAACAAUGAAGCAAAACAAAAGUUUUUCUCAACUCUUUUUCAUGUCCUUAUUAAUGCUUAUGGUUUAUGUGGAUGCAAGGAAGACUAACAUGAAGAAAAAACUUCACAAACAUCCCAAAGAAUCACAUCCUCUUCCUCAUUUUGAUCCUCAUCCAACACAACUAAACACUUUUGAUGUUAUGUCUUUUGGUGCAAAAGGCAAUGGCGUUUCUGAUGAUUCAGAGGCAUUUCUAGCUGCAUGGAAAUGUGCAUGCAAAGUUUCUGGUGCAACAAUCAAAGUUCCAGCAAAAUUCAACUUCCUCAUUAAGCCUAUUACUUUACAAGGCCCUUGUAUGCCUGAUCUUACACUUCAGAUAGAUGGAACAAUAUUGGCUCCUUCAGAAGUAUCUUCAUGGCCAAAAUCCAGUUUGUUUCAGUGGAUAAAUUUCAAAUGGUUGCAGAACUUUACUAUCAAAGGUUAUGGCACUAUUAAUGGUCAAGGCUCUAAUUGGUGGACCUCCUCAGAACUUUAUGAUAUACAGGUAAAAAAAAAAACUCACUCUAAGCAAAUUCCAAGCAUGAAGCCAACCGCUAUAAGAUUCUACUCUAGCAACCUUAUAAAGAUUAUAGAUAUCAAAAUCAUAAACAGUCCUCUAUGUCAUCUUAAAUUUGACAAUUCAAAGGGAAUCAAAGUUGAUAAUAUUACAAUAUCUUCCCCUGAAAAUAGCCCAAACACUGAUGGAAUUCACUUGCAAAACACACAUGAUGUAGAAAUUCAACAUUCUAAUAUUGGAACUGGAGAUGACUGUGUGUCCAUCCAAACUGGUUGUUCUAAUAUUCAUGUCCACCACAUUAAAUGUGGCCCUGGUCAUGGCAUAAGUUUAGGAGGAUUAGGAAAAGACAAGAGUGUGGCAUGCGUAUCUGACAUCAUUGUUGAGGACAUUUCUAUGAAAAAUACUCUGUAUGGAGCAAGGAUCAAAACAUGGCAGGGAGGCAAUGGUAUGGUAAAAAAUGUAACAUUUUCAAGAAUUAAAGUGUAUGAUGUUAUGUUUCCAAUAAUGAUAGACCAAUACUAUUGUGACAAACAAAUCUGCAAGAACCAAACAGGAACAGUGGUAAUUUCUGGUGUUAAAUUUGAUCAAAUAAGUGGUAGUUAUUCAGUGCAGCCAGUCCACCUAGCUUGCAGCAAUUCCAUACCAUGUACAGAUGUUGAUUUAACUGACAUUCAGUUAAGGCCUUCCCUUAAAUAUAGAGGUUACCAACAAGCUAUGUGUUGGAAUUCUUAUGGAAAAUCACAAGGUCAAUUGGUACCUUCAAGUAUUGAUUAUUGUUUGAGAAGUGGUGGUGGAUUAAUAAAGAAGAUAGCAAAGUCACAUGAUAGUGUGUGUUAUAAAUUGUUUUAAAUGAUAUUUUCAACUAGUUUUGUGUUUUUGUUAAGUAGCUUCCCUUCUCCAUAUGCUUUUUAACUUUGUGGAGGUGAUGGUGGUGUAAAUUUUAGUUAAUUUUAUUUUCCCUUUUUAUUGGUUUAGAGUUUGGGUUCAACUUAACCAAGUUCUAUAAAACUCAAGUAUUUGUAAGGUGAGAAGUGUUUGUAUUUAUAAGUUAUAAGCAUA